AUGAUUAUAGGAUGUUGUUCAAAUUAUGGUACGCAUAGUGAAUAUAUUAUUUAUGAUUCUAAGAAAAUUAUAGGAAGAGAUGAAAGUGAUGUGAAUUAUGAACACUGUGAUAAUUAUCCAUUUGCAGUACAAAGUCGAGAUAAUGGAAGUGAGUAUAUUGAAUGCUAUAAUCCAAACACAUAA